GGAGCUGGGAGCUGUUCCAGGAAAACAUGGUGCUGAAACCUGCACCGACCUAAACACCGCGCGUGUUAAACGGGCUACACAAAUCCGUCCGGUGAAUUGUGCGUAUCACCGGUUCCAGGGCGAAGUAAGAGGGAACGCGCUGACCACAACGCACACAUUUCUGGACGCAUCUACAGAUACACGACGACGACAGGAAAGAACGGAAGGUAACGGUGGUUUUCCCCUCCACCAAACCCCCAACCCCCACAACAAAAAUCCUCCAUCUUUCUUUGAAGAUGGUAGAUACCUCACGCGCUAGAGCGCUGGUCUUGACUGAUUGAUAUCUGAUAUGCUUUGGACUGUGCGAGCCUGCUCUCCAAAUUGCCAAGCGCUCGCGAGUCCCUGUACGAACGGACAGGCGUUUGAGGGAAGACCUUUACGGAUAUUAGGACCUACGCUUAUCAUGGCACGACAGAGGCUAGCAAUUGUACAAUGGGUGUGGAGGAUCAGAUCACCAGCCUGGGAUUCCUAUUCUGUUACCUGCGUGACACCGAACUGGACCGUUACCUGGGUCAGCUCGUGCACUUUAAGCCUGACCAAGAAUCUGAUCUCUUUUUGUGUGGCUAAUUAGAAUUUUGCUGGUUUUUUCUGAAGGACACAAUACGAAAGAGCACAACAGCUCGCUGGAAUACAGCCAACGCAUAUUGUAGGUUUUUAUCAAAGUUACAAAUGUCAACGUGCCAUAUAGGAGUCUUUAUGAGAGCUCGUAUCCUGUGUCAGUGUGUAAUUAGCUGGGUAGGGAGUCGAAUCACAAAGAGUCGAUUCUCCGAGUGCAUUCUUUGGAGUAGAUUUCAUACGGUUCGAAAGGAACAAUGGGAUAGCAAUUUAAAAACAAUCCACUCGAAUGAGAUAAGGGCUGUAAAUUAGGUUCCGAAUCAAAGUGUCGUUUACUCAUCAUGACUGUUCAAAUGAGGGCAGUAAAGUUAGUAAAUUUCAAGAAAUCUUGUAGUGCAAAUGUUUUUUUUAAUAAGCAUUCUUAAUUAAUAGUGCAUUUAAAACAGACAUGUUCUCAUGUCCCAUGUUUUAGCUUAUAAUAUUGAGAAAAACUGCUGUAUUGCGAGGAAUCAAUACCUGGAUUCGACUCCAUUGAUUACCAAAAACCUAGGCUGAGAAUUAGAGUCGACUCUAAAAUGCCCAGAUUCGAAUAUCCCAGGACCAGGCGACACGACAGUGGACCGUUAUGUCUGUAGAAUGUGUAGCGCGGUUUGAGCAGAAACAUUCUCAUGACAAGCCGUUAUAUAUUUGUUAGUUUUAGCCGUCGGGGUGCGAACAGUGAUUGUGGUUAACCGAUUUGCAGCUAAUAAUUUGACUAGAAAGGAUAGUUUGCUACGCUAAGCGGUAAGGUGUUUUCCCUCUGCACCUCGUACAUCGUUAAGUGAGAAAAAACGGGCACAUGUGGUGCGCUGUCGGUGUCGGUGUUGGAUGGUGCCGGAGUUCGCUGAGCCGUUUACCGAUGCUGCGGCGCGAGGGAAAGCAGAGAGGCCGCCGCUGUCGCGUCUUGUUCAGUGACCUGAAGGCUUUGUUGCUCAGGCCACCACCGCCACCGGCACCGUCGGCCAUGAACGGAGCGCCAAACGCACACGGUGCUUCUCCGACGGAGCGGACGCGGGACGAGGAUUCCCAUGACGCCGCCACCGCAGCCGAGUGGGCUGGAGAAGCGCAGCGGAGUAGCACAGAGAGUCCGGACGCCGGCAGCUCGAGCGAGGACUGCACCAAAGAGAAGUUCGACGAGAGAGCAAGUCUGGAGAGCUGCACGGAGAGCGGAGCGCGGACGCCGCUGUGUCGGAUCUGUUUUCAGGGCGCAGAUCAGGGUGAGCUGUUGAGUCCGUGUCGCUGUAGCGGCUCGGUGCGCUGCACUCAUGAGCCGUGUCUGAUAAAGUGGAUCAGCGAGAGAGGCUCGUGGAGCUGUGAGCUGUGCUACUACAAGUACCAAGUCAUCGCCAUCAGCACCAAGAAUCCGCUACAGUGGCAGGCGAUCUCUCUGACAGUUAUCGAGAAGGUGCAGAUUGCAGCGGCGGUGCUCGGUUCGCUCUUCCUCAUCGCCAGCAUCUCGUGGCUGGUGUGGUCUUCACUCAGUCCCUCGGCUAAGUGGCAGCGCCAGGACCUGCUUUUCCAGAUCUGCUACGCCAUGUACGGCUUCAUGGACCUGGUGUGCAUCGCUCUGAUCGUGCACGAGGGCCCGUCUGUGUUUCGCAUCUUCCACCGCUGGCAGGCUGUGAAUCAGCAAUGGAAGGUGCUCAACUACGACAAGGUGAAAGACUCAGAGGACCCUCAGAAGGGCAGCAGCACCCUCCGCUCACUCACACUUCCCCUGAGUAUUCGGGGAGGGGUGGCCCCACCCACUUCCCCUUCUCCCUCUAGCUCCGCUCUCACAUCAGCUGCCACGGUCACCAUCACCCCCGGCACGACUGUGCCAGCGGUCACCGACGCUCCAGAGGACUCCUCCGAGGCGGAGCGUCACUGUGCAUACAGCCUGCUGCAGCUCCUCAGCCUCAACCUCAGAAACCAGGAGCCCAGAAAUGCCACGACGCAGCCCAGAAACGACAACCGCGAGCUGGUCAUGAGAGUCACCACUGUCUGAGACUGUGAGUGAAGACAACCUGGAGAUAUACGACAGCUUGGGAAGGGAAGAGCGAGAGUUGGACCCGGAGGAAAGAGACGUUUGCUAGCAAAUGUGCUCAAGGUCAUUCUGGUACACUUUGGCAUUCAUGAAAGUAAUACAUUUUUGAGAGUAAAACAGAAAGGUUUGUUUAAAUAUCUUAGGAGGUGUCUAGCACACCUUCAAGGCCUUGUGAUGCGGUCUGUUCUGGUGAUACAACAGCGCAAAAAAGGUCAAGUUCAGAGUGAAGUGUUUUUUCUUUGUCUUUUUUAAGCGAGAGGCUCAUUAGGGCUGAUGUUAAUACAUGGCCACACAAAGUGGUGUUUUUUCAAGCACAAGCUCCAACAAUGCAACGCAGUGAUAAUAUGUAACACACACAAAAAAAUUCACAAGGUCAAAGUUGUUUGCUAUGAGACAUCACUAGGAAUAUAUAUAUAUAUAUAUAUA